AUGAGAAGUAUUAAGUCAGUUGUCGUCGGUGAUGGGGGCGUAGGUAAAACAUGUCUAUUAAUCUCAUACACAACGAAUUCAUUUCCAAACGACUAUAUUCCUACCGUGUUUGAUAACUAUUCUGCAACUGCGAUGUUUGACGGUGAGCCAAUUAAAUUGGGAUUAUGGGAUACUGCAGGUCAGGCCGAGUACGAUAGAUUGAGACCUUUGAGUUAUCCACAAACAGAGAUCUUUCUAUGUUGUUUUUCCAUUGUGAGUCCUGACUCACUUGAAAAUGUUAAAGCAAAAUGGAUACCCGAAAUAUUUCAUCACUCGCCAAAGGACAUAUUAGUGUUAUUGGUAGGUACAAAAGCAGACUUACGUGAUGACUUACUGGUGUUGGAUAAGUUGGACGAUAGAAAUCAAAAGCCUACCACUUUUGCCCAAGGGGAAAGGUUGGCUAAAGAAUUAGGGCUAGUUGGUUAUAUGGAAUGUUCAGCUGCUACACAAAUUGGAGUCAAAGAAGUGUUUGACUUUGCAAUUAAAAGUGUCAUUUCACCCGCAAAUGAAGGAACCAAUAGUCGUACUAAUGUUUCAAAUAACCAAGCUGCCGGUAUGGCUAAUUCACAACAACGUAGAGUUAGAAAGGCUAAAAAGUGUACAAUUUUAUGA